AUGACCUCGAAAGUCAGCCAACGCUUGCUCCUGGAGGACUGGUGGAAGGUCAUCUGCAAGAAUGACGCUCACAACCCCGACUAUGCCUCCCUUACAACCCUCGACUUCUACAAGGACACUUUCGCCUCGCUACCGGAUCUGGAUGAAUACCUCAAGACAGUCAACCGGCUCGCUCUGCAGGAGCCGGUGGCCAGGUUCUCGCCCAAGUGUAGCCUCCAUCUUCCUGACCCCAGAGAACCGCCCCGUGUGUUGAGAGCUGGAUCGAGUCUUCCUGGACGAUUGGCUGCCACGAAAUUUUUCGGAUAUGCCCACUUGCGGAAAGUCUACAACUUGCUUUGCGAGUACCAUGCAGCCGCCCACGGGACUUACCAGAACAACCCAGAGGCCACCUCCCUUAUGGUUCUGGCCUGCCUCGAGCUGUGGAUCGCUUGCAACAAGUCAGCACUCAAGAUCUGCCCCUUGCUCAGCAAAUAUCAUGACGCGAGUGUGCAGCCCAGUUUGAUCCGCGCCCUGCUUCAGAGCCUGAUCCUCCUACACAAAUCACAGCUCGAGAGGCUCAAGCGCAUCGAGUCGUACCUCGACUUGUGUUCGGGUGAUUUGAAUGCAGCAAGGCCGUCUGUCUUCGACAGCUUUGGCAAGACGAACGCUUUCUACGUGGGGUACUAUGAAUCAUCUCUGGAACAGCAGCAGUUGUAUGCUUACAUUGAACGCCAGGCCAAUGGCACACGUCAGCAGAAGAUGAUCGAGCUGGCAAACCUGCAGAGGCAGCACGCGAGUCUCAAAGCUCAGGCCGAUGUGAUGGUUUGCACCUACCGCGAUGUCAUCGACACGUAUGGCCAUCGGACUCGCAAGCACACCAGCCGGAAGUGCAAGAAGUGUCGGAAGGUGCGAGAGUACCAAGCAUUGGAGAUUGGAGUGCACGAGUGGCCACUCCCGAAGAGAAUUACGGAAGCGCAGAAUGUCGUGUUCGAGCUGCGACCCCCAAAGUGGUUCCCGGCCUGGAGAGAUGCCACAGCCUUCCUCCUCUUCGAUGUCCUGUCCCUGUCGUCCUCGUUCAUCUCGAAGGUGCAGAAGAUACAUGAGCUAUUUGACUAUAAAGCUCUCAUGCCUUACCGCUCAGCCUCGAGGAGCCAGAAGAUCACAGUGGUUUCUCAGGCAAAGUCGUUCCUCAAGUCGCACUACAGGACAAUCAAGAUUGGCUCCAUCACGAGCGAUUCCCAAGUCCUCGUCGAUCACGCGCUCCAUUACGAAUACUUUGACCCGUCCGCCCGCGUGCUUGCGGGUCCUGCCCUGUUGACUGACAAGAUCCCCCGGCGCUCCACGCCCCCUCAGUUGACUUCAACCAGCUAUCCACUGUUCGUCUUCCACGCGCAAUGUAUCACACAGGCCGGUCCUCCUGAUGCAGACAACGUCCUGCGAGAGUCCCAUGCCAUCCUCGCUGACCCGGCUUUCUCGCAAGAGCUGAUGGACGGUGUGAUCACUGCCACCUCCCGAGCCGCGGAAUCGUGGCAGUCCGCCGAAGCUCUCCGGGCAUUCAUCCUGAUUGUCACUCGUACUCUACAGCUGACGACAGAUCUCAUCACUAUUCGUCAGUGCCUGGAAUACUUGGUAUCCGCAAGGAAAUCGUCGAAAAGAACUGCUGAAAGAAGGCGGUCGCAGUCUGGGCAUAGGUCUUUGGGCGAUGUUCGUAACGAGCCUCAGGCCCAUAUUCAGACCUGCACCCUCGAUAUCACGGUUGUCAUGCUUACUGGCCUACAUGCAGGCAUCGAUGACGAACUUUCACUGCCGGUUGUUGAGCUCGAGCAGAGCAGGGAAGCAGCGCCGGCUGAUGGCUCUGAGAAGGUUGAAGAGCCCGACGCGGUGCUCGGGGAACUCGCAGAAGUCUUUGUCGAUCAUCUCAAGCGUGCACUCGAGGACGUUCUGCAUGAUGUUGGGAAAUUGGUCCUCCAUCAAUUCCUGCGAAGGGUUAGACAUGCGAAAUGGAGGGAAAGUGGGAAGUAG